ACUCGAGAAGACAGCAAACCUCACAAGACAGUUGUUUGAGAAACCCAAACCAUGAAGUCAUUAAUCUGCAUAAUCAUGCUCUUCCUCUUUGCUCUGCAUGCAUGUACGUAUAUAUAAUUUGUUUUUUCUCAUAUAUACAAGAGCAAAGAAACCUCAAAACUAUCACGAUCCAUUUCUUGUUUACGACCACAACUUCUUGAUUAUGUCUCGAGUCAUGUUUAUUCUACACACAUAAUUUGGUUUGUUUACACACAAUUUGGUUUGUGUGUGUUCAAAUCAAUGUGUAGGUGGGAAGAUGGAGGUGAAAGAGAUAAGGAGAUCGAGCAAGAUCUAUUUACCACCGUGUAUCCACGAGACUUGCACCGCUUUCUCAGGGGAAAAAAAUUGUUGGUGCUGCUUCCAAGUUAAACAUAAAAGAGAUCGUUGUUGGAAAGAGAAAGAAUAUCCCAACGCUAAGGAGCUUUGCUUCGAGCAAUGUUCAAAGCAGAUUUAAAAACGUUUGAUAAAUCGAAUAUUGUAUGUUGCUUAUUUGAUUUGUCCAAAAAAAAGAAUUUAAAAAAGUAUGUUGCGAUUUCAGGCUUUUCCAAAGCUUUUUUUUAUUCAAUACCAAUGUGUUUUUUUUUUUAAUGAUAUGUAUUUCGAUAAAUAAUAGUUUAAUCAUUCAAUAAUAAAUCAGCACACUCGAAAUAAAAAUAUAAUACAUUAACAAAAAUAGUUUCAAUAAUAAUUAUGAAUUACUUAACCGAGACGUUGGAAAAAUUGACCAAAAUAUUUGAAAAUGGAUAAAAAUCCUGAAGUUAAAGAAUUAUCUUGUUAUUUCCUUAAAAGAAAAUUAAGUUGUUCCUAAUUCAAUUUUCUCUACUUCUUUAUAUAUCAAAAGUUUUACAUUAUCAUACAACAACUCGAGAAGACAAUAAAACUCACAACACAGUUGUUUAAACCAUGGUAUCAUCACAUACAACUUUAAUCUGCAUAAUCAUGCUCUCCCUCUUUGCUCUGCAUGAAUGUGGCAAGAUGGAGGUGAAAGAGAUAGGGGGAUCGAGCAAAAUCUAUAUACCACCGUGUAUCCAUGAGACUUGCAGUGGUUUCUCACUGAAAAGUGAUUGUUGGUGCUGCUUGCAAAUUAAACAUAAAAAAGAUCGUUGUUGGAAAGAGAAAGAAUUUCCCAACGCUAAGGAGCUUUGUUUCGACCAAUGUCCAAAGCAGAUUUAAAAACCGUUG